AUGGCACUACGCAGGAGCAGGCGUCAGGCGCCCUCCUCGACGGCGCCAUACCCAUCCACGCAUUGUUGCCUGUCAAACUCGUGGAUGUGCUUCAGGACGGAGCAGCUAGCUCUGAAGCAGGCGGCACAGCCUGACGGCCGCUUCAGCAUGGACGCUAUAUCCACCGAGCUCAGCCUUCGGUGGAAGGCGAUGGGGGCGGAGGCGAAGGAGCCAGACGAGCAGGCCGCGCACGAUGCGAAGAAGGUGCACGCCGCCUUGCACCCUAACUACAGAUACACGCGAGUGUCGAAGAAGUACAUGGCGCAGAUCCUGGCUCAGCAGGAGGCAACCGAAGAGGAGACCGAGGAGCAUUUCCGGACCGUGCAGGGCUUCUUCGAGGUCCACCCCUAG